UCACAGCUUCAGUUUCUGUCUAAAGAGCUGUAACGCUCCGUGCCAAAGCACCAGCUGUUCUGGAAACGCCAGCGUGCCUUCAGACCAAACAAAGAUUUAGUGGACUCUCUCAGGAUUUCGAGAGACUAUUAACAGACUUGUUUAUACUCGUGGAUCAGUUUGUCCGGCAUCACUAUGGUAGCAGUCCACAGCUGCUGCUCUGAUUGUUUUUCUACACGGUGGAACUUUCAGCAAGAUGUUGAAAUGGCUCCAAAUACUGACUGUUAAAGUUCCAUAUCACAUGACAUUGCUGUGCUUUAUGGCUGCCACCAAGCUUCUCGAUGAGAUGUGCCACUUGACGAUUCAGUCUUUGGCACCGAUGGAUACGUCAGAACACUUCAAGGUGCUGAAGCUCCUCGGUGAAGGAUCGUACGGGAAGGUCAUGCUGGCAGUUCAUCGGAAGAGAGGUACUCCAAUGGCGCUGAAGUUCUUCCCUCGAGAGUCCACCCCGAUCUUCUCCUUCCUGAGAGAGUACAACCUCUCCCUUUCUUUCUGCACUCACCCCUCUCUCACCAGAGCUCUGGGGAUCGCCUACUCCACACCCUCGCACUAUGUGUUCGCUCAGCAGGCCAGCCUCUUCGGGGACCUCUAUGAUGUCAUCAUUCCUGAGGUCGGUGUGGAAGAGGAAGUCUGUCACAGAGUUGUGUCCCAGCUGUGUGGCGCUCUGACCCACCUGCACCAUCUGGGGUUCGUCCACAGAGAUCUGAAGCCGGAGAAUGUCUUCUUGUGCGACUCUGCGUGUCGAUGGGUCAAACUUGGAGACUUCGGCAUGGUGAAGUCCCAGGGCUCCAGAGUCCCAGAGGUCUGGUACAGCUCCCCCUACUGCACACCAGAAGCAGAAGUGGCCCGGGGAAACGAGGACAGCUCGAAAGGCAUCAAGGAUGGUGACCAGAAAGAUGAAUCCAAGAAGAGGAUCUGGGUUUCAGUGGAGCCCAGCACAGACAGCUGGGCUCUGGGAAUACUGACCUACGCAAUGCUCACCGGCACACAUCCCUGGGCAGAGACUGCCAGCGACUGCUUCUCUUAUCAGACAUACCUGGAAUGGUUCGACAGAGCCAACAGGCCCGUCGAUGCCUUGGAUGUGUGGGCGGAGACUCAGCAGCCGAGUCUGAACUCAGAAUUGCCCAAAGCUCCUCAGUUUGCAUGUUUCACCUCACUGGCUUGCUCUUUCUUCCACUCGCUGCUUGACCCCAGGCCCGGGUUCCGAGGGCAGCCAGAGUGUGCGCUCAGAUUCCUCGGAGGAAACUGGGUGUUGGAGCCCGAGAGGGCCCGACUGCAGGAAAAGAGAGAGAAGAAAAGCGGCAAAGGAGCGUUAAGGAAUAUGAAAGAGAUGGAGGGACGCGGGGAGAGAUAGUGAGAUCAGCAUUUAAGGGUCGGGCAGACGUGAACUUUUCUGAGGCAAAUCUCAUAGCUGUGCGCCUCAUGACUCGAGAGGGUGUCAAACUCAGACAGGGGCCAAAAUAAAUAACUGGAGCUGAGUCAGCAACGCAGUGAACAAGAAAAACUCUGGCUGGAGCUGUUCUUUUUUGCUGUGGGCCGCAUUAAAUGAUUGUUCGGCCAGAUUUGGUCCCCGGGCCUCGAGUUUGACACAUGCCCUUAGCACAACUUCAUAAUGUGUUUCUCACCAGAUGUUUUCCCAAAGGCAGAUGUUCAGGUCGACUUCUAAAUGAUUAUGAUCUUCAUGAUUCAUCAUAUUUUUUGGAGUGAAAUAUUACAAUAUGCAUCUAAAUAUAACAUACAGCUACGGCGCUCAUCUUUCAUAGCAGGUCAGAGCGGAAGAAUAUUUAUGGCUUCUGGUGAUGUAAUGCAGUCAUCUCCUUGUAAAUGAACCGCGUCUCCUGCUGGGUCUGAUAGUGUGCCGCUGUAAAACAUACACACACACUGAGAUCAUUUUAUCUAACUGCAGUCUGGCUUCCAAGUUAGAAUUGCUUUGGCAGAGAGACGCGUUUAACUCCUCGCAUUCAGGCAGUUCAUAUUUUUCUUCUUAAUUUGUCGACUGUCCAUAUUUCUGUCUUGAGAUCAUUCGAAUCCAAACAAUAUUUAGACCAAAAUUCUAUUUUCCUUUUGAGUUUUUCCUGUUUUGUUUGAGUUUUAUUCAAGUGUCUCAUGCUCUCUGGCCUAUUUACUUAAACCUCAUUUUCAGAAAUCUGAAUAAAUAAAUUAGGUUAUGAGCUACAUGACUUUAAGGAUAUUUUUGAUUUAAAAAAACAAGUGUAAAUUUGCAUUGGUUUAAUUUAGGAUACAGUUGUGUGUCAUAAAUUGCACAUGUACUAGCUGCUGAUAUCACAUACAGUAUGUCUGGUUCUUUGAAACUAUACACCAAUGCUGGUGAUUUACGGUCCCUCAAUCUGUUGCAAAUGUCCUCACACAUACACACACACGCACUGCACUGGCUGACGUUCAGCAGCAGAGCUUCUCCAGAUGUUUUCAAAAAUAGCCGACUGCCACCGCUGAACCUGAUACGGUGCCACUCCGCAGCUCGCCUCUGAUCCCUCGCCCUCGGUCCAACAAAGUCACACACAGCAGCUCGUGCACUUAUUUUUUAUUUGUAUUUGGGCUUCAAAUCUUUUCGGUCCAACACUUCUCAGAGUCACCCCAAAUUUCACUUGAAAAUAUGCCUAUAAUGAUAUUGACUGCAAAUGUGGCGUGUGUAGAGGACGGACAGACAAAGGAAACAUGAGAUGGGUGUUGUUGAGCUACAUGUCAGGAGGGAGAUCAGAGGUGGCCAAACUUUCCUGGAAGAGAUUCAGGUGAAGACGUGUGGUGGCUAACUGUUCUGCCUGGCUUUCAUCCACAAACUGUAAAGCAUUUUAUUUUUGGAAAAAUAUUGCAAGUGGAGCGCUGAAACAGAAAUAAUUCUGGCCUUUUAUAUCUGU